GACACAGAGGUGGUGAACACCGCCAUUCUUACUGGCCGGCGUGUAGCGGUGCCCAUCAAACUGGUUACAGUGGAAACCGACGGCCAAGUGAGGGUGGUGGACGACUCAGUCACCUGCAGCUCAACGGACGUGGACGUGGUUAAGGUUUCCACAAACUGUGACCAAGUGUUGGUAAACGGUAAGGAGAUGCACGGCCGGCAGUCCUUGGCAGUCAACUUCACCUACCUCCACCUGUCGGCUCAGCUGCUGCUCACCGUCUGGGUGCCCAAGCUUCCCCUGCAGAUAGACGUGUCUGAUACUGAGCUGAGCCAGGUCAAAGGCUGGAGGGUGCCCAUCACCACCAACAAGAGACCCACCAGAGACAGUGAGGAUGAUGAAGAUGAUGACAGAAAGGGCAAAGGCUGCACUCUACAGUACCAGCAUGCUUUGGUGCGAGUCCUCACCUAUUUUGUCACCGAGCCGUCAGACCCUGAAAAAGAGAUGGUCUACAUGUUGGGUCCUGACUGGCAAGCUGACAUCACUCCUUUGGUCUCAGAGCAGUUAAAGGUAAAUGAUCCCCACAUUGCCAGAGUAGUAGAUGGACACAUCCUAAUUGGACGGGAUAUUGGCCUCACCACUAUACAAGUUAUGUCCCCCUUGUCUGACACGAUCCUGGCAGAAAAGACAGUGACUGUAGUGGAUGAUAAGGUGACAAUCACAGAACUAGGAGUCCAGCUGGUUGCAUCUUUGUCUCUCAGUAUGACCGCAAGUCCUGGAAAUUACCAGGCUGUACAGCUAACCGCUACUGCUACAGAUGUGCUGCAUACAGCUAAACAAGAAGCUACGUUCAGUGCAUGGAUCCAGUACAGUGAUGGCUCAGUGACACCGCUUGAUAUCUAUGAUCCAAAGGACUACCACCUUUCAGCUGUUUCUAAGGAUGAGAGCAUCGUUUCCAUAAUGAAUCAGGAGCAGCAUUGGCCAAUUAUAGUUGCGGAGGCUGAUGGACAGGGUCCGCUGGUUCGUGUUGAUAUGGUCCUUUCAGAGUCUUGUCAGAAGUCUAAAAGGAAGAGUGUGCUGGCAGCUGGAGUUGGGUAUGUGGUAGUUAAGUUUGGAGCAAAUAGUGAAGACAGAGGUGGACAGGAGGAUGGUGGAGGAUUGGACAACAGUACCAAUGAACAAAGGACAAAGGAUGGAGGAGAGUGGAAGUCCAGCAGUGCUGCUGUGGACAGAGAGGAAGGAGCCAUGAGAAAGGUUAGCACAACAACCAAAAGCACAGUCACCCAUCGUGCUACAGGUGGAAGAGCAGGCCUCAGCCGAGGCGGUGGUCCCAACCAGCCAGGGGACUAUAACAGCUACCCAGCACAGGUGGAGGUGCCAGGACCUGGGAACGGUGAGCUGACCCAGACCACGAGAGGCCUGUCUGAUCUGGAGAUUGGAAUGUACGCCCUUCUGGGAGUAUUCUGCCUGGCAAUACUGGUCUUUCUCAUCAACUGUGUCAGCUUUGCUUUCAGAUAUCGUCACAAGCAGGUGCCUGUUCUAGAGGCAGGAGGCAACAUGAACCACGCCCAUGACUGGGUGUGGCUCGGCAAUGAGGCUGACCUGUUGGCUGACCACGCUGACCAGUGUCAGGGCGGGAUGCCGGAUGAGUGCACCACCAUCAUUGAUCGGAACGAAGGAGGAUACGAGGAGAACAAGUACCUGCUGAAUGGGGCCGGGAACACUUUGGUGAUGGGCGUGGGCACGGGCAUGGGCACGGUCAGUGGGAGCGGUGGCACAGGCGGACUGCGAGGCGUCACCCACGGGCAGACCCUGCCGAGGUCUAUCCCAGAACCGCGUCAGUGCCUUUCAGCAAUCACUACCAGCGGCAAAGAUGCCGCUGGUCAAACAGAGCAUCUGAAUAAUUCUCCCAGAGCCACGGCUGCAGCUGCGGUGGCCGCUGCCAAACGCAAACGGGUCAAAUUCACAUCGUUUGCCACUGUGUUGCCCACCGAUAAUUCAGGUGGGGGCGGGGCGUACACCAACUCCUCUGUCCUCGUAACCAACGGUAGCGAGGAUGACAUCAAAUGGGUGUGCCAGGACAUGGACCUGGGUCAGUCUGAAAUCAGAACCUACAUGGAGAGGCUACAAGACAAUCUGUGACUGAUGUGAAAGAGACUUAGAGAAAGAGGUGUCAGCAGAUGAGUGCAGGAGGGAGGAUGGACAAUGAGUACAAUUCACCUGUAAUGCCUUUGCAGCGGAUUAAUGAAGAGACAAUGGCAGUAAGAUGGGAGCAGUAAAAAAAAGGAAAAGUGUUGUAAAGAUGUUGGAAGAUUGUCAGACAGUGUUGGGGCUGCUUAUGUUUUACAUCUGUUAAGAUAUAUGGAAAGCAUAAAGUCACCACUAGCUCACACUAAAAGUAAUGGUAGCAAACAAUAAGUAACAUCAUUGGUUUGUAUUUGUGUUACUUAUUGGACAUUUUAGUGUAAAAAUCAAUAAGAGUCACUAUUGGUUUUGAUUAUUGACMUUCAGAAAACAAGAAAACCACUGUAUUCAUGCAUAAUAAAUUCAGGGUAAGUUAUUGGACAACCUUUUUUUAUGCCACUAUACAUUUGAACAAGAUGUUGAGAAUCUUUUAUCUUGUAUUGACUUCACAAGUCUUUUAUUUAUUAUUUAUUGCCAGUGUUGGCUUUGGCUGUGGAAUAAUUGUUCAAUUCGUUUUCAAAUGUGAACCGUUCAGUUAUCUACCAAGUCUCCUAAAUGGUUACUCAGAGAAUCACCYCUUUUUAUUUUAUUUUAUUUUUUAAUAUUCAUUAUAGAUGCAAUCUUUGCUCUAUUAUGUGACCCAUUUUCUUUUGGUAUUGCUCACAAGUAUAAUGUGAAAUGUAAAAGAAAUAUAUAUUUAAAGUAUUCAACUAGAAGUUCAGGCAUUUUUGCAGUCAGUAGUGGGGGAUUAAUCAGCCCUGAAUUCAGGCAAUUGUGCUUUUUCUUCGAACAUUGCUGAGAGUUUAAAGAUGGCGUGUCGUUAAAAAGAAGACCGUUUCUCCCUCGGAUGCGAGAAGAGAGGUUUUUAACUCUUGCACAAUUAAAAAUGAGAAAAGACACUAGCCAUUUUUAAGGCUUAAUUUCCUGAACCUCGCAGCCAAUGACUUCGUUCUCCUUGUAUUCAGAGCCAAUCCUGAAAUCCCCUCGCCUCGCUCCUUGUCUGUGACGGGACAGCUGCAGUAGCUGCAGUGCAACACGGAGGCAGUCUGUAAGCAACAAGGUUGAACACUGAAAUGUGGCACGGACUUUAAAGAAACUCUCCCUGAAAGCUUUGUAAGGGGGGAUUUUAUGAAACAAAAACCAUGUAGGUAACAAGACGUAUGUGCAGUACAUGGAGCUACCAGGAACUAAUGACACUAUGGAAUGAAUAUCUAACAAUAUGAGUUCUAUUAACAUGGGUUCAUGAAACAUCUUUUUGAACAAUAUUAUAUAUUUUCCCCUUUGUUUAUACUUUUUGAUAUAUAUGUUUUCAUUCUUUUCCUUUUUACUUUCUUUUCCAAGUUUAGAAAGUUGUUAAAURGUAGCUUUUUUCAGAGGUUUAUUAAGGUUUAAUAAGAUUCUCGUUAGAUACUGUUUCUAUUUAUUUAAACUGACAUUUGAGAGGGUGAGAAAAAAAAACCCAGAACGGCCAAGGACAAAGACUGAGAACGAUAAACCUGCUGGUAAAUGAUAGCACAUAAAAGAAACGAUGAAAAGACGGAGCGGGCAGAGGUUGCCUCACCUUCGUUAAGCUCAGGUGACCAGUCGUGACAAACUGACAAUAAAAAAGGUGGACUGUAAGCUUGUGAAGAUUGCAAUAUUUAUUUAUAAAUGUGUUAUUGUUUCAGAGUACACUGUAUGUUGUAAAUAAAUAAACAUGCUUCGAAGUGCUUGUGAA